AUGUUAGUAUUCGUUCUAUCCUAUCUUUAUCCUAAGGCAAACAUCUACGGCUUGAUCGUCCUUUACUCUUCAUUCUUCUUUGAGCCGGGUAUUCGUAAGCUACGCUACCCUGUUGUUCAAGCUGAUGGUUCUUUAACCACUGUCACUGUCUCGAUGCUCGAUGAUGUGGUACGAGCACCCACCUCGCACCCCUUAGCUGAGCCAGUGGCUACUGAUACGAUAACAUCAAACAACGGACAUGUAAUUGGCCAAGGCUCAUCGACUUCUCUUACUCGCACCAUCGGCCUCAGGGAGGACUUUGAACUUUACAAAGCCAACACCCUUGCAGCAUUCGACUAUCUUGCUGACCUGGCCCACGGCGAUGAUUUAUUGCGAGUCACUUUGCUGGCAGUCAAACUCUUUGCUGAGGACGCUCUACCUCAUGAGAUGCGAGGGCUCGUCGGUGCCGCGCGGCAGGCCUACCUCGUCUUUCUCUGGCACUACUUGCGUUGGCGCUGCGGACCAAGGCGCUUGCGUCAGGCUACUGAACUUUAUGCCAGGCUUCUGAUCGCUUUCGUGGACCUGCGAACACUCGAGCUGCGUAUGACGGAGUUUGCUAAGCUGCUUAGCCUGGAGGGAUUGAGCCCGCUAAUGCGCGAAGUCUGCAGCCAGCGGGCUGCUGCGACGGGAAGUAGUGCUACUUCGAGGGGAUAA